CGCUUCGCUUCAGUCACUGGACAGUGUUGCAUCUCUAGAGAUUUACUGUUUGGCAGUGGUUUAUUGUGUGCGGAAGGGAUCGGAAAUUAGAUGAUGAAGGCUGUGGCGGUCCUGGGUGUACUGGUGGCCGUUGUGUGUCAGGUGAGCAGCAGCAACAGCAAAUUAAAGCAGAGCGAUCUAAACCCGACUGUGCUGCAUCCAUGGAGACACAGGAGUCCAGGUGUGCAGAUCAGAGUGAAGAGAGACUGGAUCAUUCCACCUAUCAGAGUCCUAGAAAAUAGUAAACAGAUCCCUGAAGAUCUGGUCCAGAUUAAAUCAGACAAGGUUUUCACCGGGGAGGUGAUCUACAAGCUGGAGGGACCUGGGGUUGACCAGGACCCCAAAGGCCUCUUUGAAAUUGAUGAUAAAACAGGAUGGAUCAAGAGCAAAACGCCACUCGACAGGGAACAGCACAAGAGUUUCAAGCUCAAAGCCUUUGCACUCUCCUCGAGUGGAGAAAGACUGGAGAGUCCAACCACCAUUGAGAUCUAUGUUCUGGAUCAGAAUGACCACAGGCCUGAAUUUACACAGAAAGAGUUCAUCGGAACUAUCCCAGAGUUCUCUAUUCCAGGUACAUCAGUGAUGCAGGUGACGGCAGUUGAUGCUGAUGAUCCAAUGACAGAUAAUGCAGCUCUGAGCUACUCCAUCAUUGGACAAGACAGUGUCCCACCUCAUAGCAUCAACAAAACCAUGUUUGGAAUCAACAACAAGACUGGAGUCAUCUACACACGAGACGUGGGACUGGACAGAGAUGUGGUGCAGUCUUUCAGGCUAACUCUACAGGUGGCUGACAUGUCUGGCAUGGGUCUUACCGCCAUCGGUCGAGCCAUCAUUUCCAUCUCUGACAUUAACAACCAUGCUCCCAAAUUCCAGCCUAAUGUGUAUAACAUGUAUGCAAUGGAGAACAAGCAGACUGCAGAGGUGGGCCGGGUCAAUGCGACAGAUAAGGACCAGAGAGGUGGAGAAAACUGGAGAAUUAAAUACAGCAUCAUAAACGGAGAUCUCUCAGGACAUUUUGCCAUCAGCACAGAUCCAGUCUCCAACCAAGGCAUCAUUUCUGUGGUUAAGCCGCUGGACUAUGAGUCUCAGGCAGAGUACCGGCUCACUGUGACAGCAGAGAAUGAAAUCAGCCUAAAAGCUCCAUAUGAACGAGUACACAGUGCUACAGUCACAAUCAGAGUGCUGAAUGAAAACGAGGCCCCAGUCUUCUAUAAAAACCCCAUUAAAGUGACUGUUGCCGAGUCCAUUGUCCCUGGUACAGUGCUGGUCUCAGAUAUCGCCCAUGAUCCAGAUAAUGCCAAGUUAAGGUUUGAAAUAAUUCAGGAUCCUGAGAGUUGGCUUGCUAUUAACGUCGCAACUGGACAGAUCUCAGCCAAAAGCACCUUCAAUAUCCGGUCUCCCCAUGUCAGGAGCAACGUUUACUCUGCCGUUGUAAAGGUCAUGGACCAAGAUGCUGAUGACAUUUCUGCAAUAGCUACACUGGAGAUCACUCUAUGGGAGACCAAUGAUUACCCACCAAUGCUGAUACCCUUGAGUGGAACAGUGUGCAGUGACCAGGACAGAGAUAAACUGGGUCUGCUGCUAAGUGCUGUGGAUGAGGACAUGUCUCCUCAGGCUGACCCCUUCACUUUUAACAUCGCUGACCAAAACGUGGCUGCCAAUUGGACCAUCAUAACUCUGAAUGAGACCCAUGCAGUUCUCCUGCCACUGAAAGACAUGGAGAGUGGGGAAUUCUCCAUUCCUGUGGUCGUGUCGGACUCUGGUUCUCCUUCCCUCUCCUCUGUUGCUGUGGUCAAUGUGACCGUGUGUUACUGUGACAGAUUUGGAGACUGCAAGAGCUUCACUGCAGCCAUAUUUGCAACCAAAAUGGGCAUCAGUUUCAUAGCUCUCAUGAUUAUUAUGGGAAGCAUCGCUCUUCUGUUGCUGCUGCUUCUGCUUGCGGUGGCAGUGAGGGGCUGCACGAGACACAACAUCAAGAAAGAUGGAGGUCUGCUGGUCGGAGCAUCUGAUGAUGACAUACGAGACAACGUCUUUCACUAUGACGAGCAGGGAGGCGGAGAGGAGGACGAAGAUGCAUUUAAUAUUGAUUUCCUGAGGAAUCCAAGUGACAUUCUCCCUACACCGGCUGCAUUUUUCCCACAAGACUGUGGUCUGCCCAGAGGAAAACAACCACUCAGGAAAGAUGCUCCUCAUAACCUGCCCUCUCCUACAUAUCCACGCAAACCCCCUGGAGACCCAACUGACAUAGAAGAUUUCAUCAAUGUUGGCCUGGACGCUGCAGACAAUGACCCGAACGUCCCACCGUACGACACAGCUCUGAUCUACGACUUUGAAGGCGAUGGGUCGGUAGCAGGUAGCCUGAGCUCAAUUGCUUCAAUGGGCUCAGAUGGAGACCAGGACUAUGACUACCUCAAUGACUGGGGGCCACGCUUCAAAAAACUGGCAAACAUGUACGACCCACGUUAG